CCCCGCCCCGUCACGUGUUCGCGGCGUCGCGCACACCCGGAAGCAGCGGCUGGAGUGGAGCCGGCCGCAAUGAGCGGGGAGCCAGGGCUGACGUCCGUAGCGCCCCCUCCCGGGGAGAUCGAACCGGGCAGUGGGGUCCGCAUCGUGGUGGAGUACUGUGAACCCUGCGGCUUCGAGGCGACCUACCUGGAGCUGGCGAGUGCCGUGAAGGAGCAGUAUCCCGGAAUCGAGAUCGAGUCGCGCCUGGGGGGCACAGGGGCCUUUGAGAUCGAGAUAAAUGGACAGCUGGUGUUCUCCAAGCUGGAGAACGGGGGCUUUCCUUAUGAGAAAGAUCUCAUUGAGGCCAUCCGAAGAGCCAGUAAUGGAGAACCCCUAGAAAAGAUCACCAACAGCCGUCCUCCCUGCGUCAUCCUGUGACUACAUGUGACUACACUGGUGCCCCUUUGGGUACCAGGAGAGAACAGAAGCUUCUGUGGUCUUGGGGGUGGGAGAGAGACCCUCUCCAUGGACAUUUCCACAGCCACCUUAUACCCCCUUCCCAGGAUUAGUGCCCACAAAAGCCAACUCCCCUCUCCAGCUUAGCCAUACCUGUCAGAUGCCACCAUAGUUCUAACUUAUUUUCCACUAACCCUGGGCAAUAUCAGCUAUUGGUAAUAAAGUGACACUACAAACACCUA